UUUAUCACUUCUCCUCUAUAAACAGUGGAAUGCUUUUCCAGUAUCUUCCAAUUGAGUUUUCCCAAACUUUAGAACUUGUCAAUUGUGAUAUACAAACAUUAAUCUCUGAUAUACUCACUACAGUAGAUGAUUUUAUCAGAAGAUUCAGUAUUUCCAUUUCUUGUUCUAUCUCCAUAUAUCUCUAUGUGUUGAAGUGCGUGUCUAUACAUCUAUCUCCAUUGAACCCUAGACCAGCCUGUGAAGUGAUCAGCUUCUGAAAAGCCCUCAACUUCAACAACUUCUACUAAUUGGUGAUUGAUGCUUGAUGUUAAAGAGUGGCUAUAGAUAAGCAAAUAGAACCCAAAUCUGUAUAUAUUGAGCAUGAUGGAUUACAAUAGAAUACUUUGGAACUUGUAGAAGAUAUGGAGAAGAGGGUUCUUUUGGUAUGUAUUGGAGUAUGUUUUUUGGGGGUCACAGCUGCUGCGCUAGGUUUCGGUGCAGAAUCUAAGAGGAUCAAGGAAUCUGAGAUUAAUUUUUUCGAACCUGGCAAAUGUGCAUACCCAAGGACCCCAGCCUACACCCUCGGAUUGACUGCAUUUGUGGUUCUUAUAGUUGCUCAGGGAAUUAUUAAUGCUUCAGCUGGCUGUAUGUGUUGUAACAGACUAUCUAGUGCUUGGGUUACAUUCUGCGCUGUCUUUUCCUGGUUGAUGUCUACUCUAGCUUCUAUUCAGUUACUUGCAGGAUCAAUUUUGAAUGACCGACACACUGUGGAUGAGAUGUACUCUGUUGACUUUUGUUAUGAAGUUCUUAGGCCUUGGAUAUUUGCAAAAGGCGCAAUAUUGGGUCUUAUAAGUGUUACCUUUGGGGUUCUAUAUUACCUCAACAUAUCUUCAAUCAAAGACAGGAACCAAAUGGGGACCCCUGCCAAUACUGAUAAUCAUGGAAAUAUCGCGAUGACCCAACCUCAAGUCCCAGCUCAAAUGAGUCUACAACCGGUAUUCGUCCCUGAAGAUACGUACAAUCGGCGGCAACUCGUGUAACAAUACCUUUUUCGCGGCAUUCAGUAGUAACUUAGUCAUUUUAUUAUGUCUAUAUAUAUAAGAUCCACAACAUAAUAGUUAUAUGCAUGGGCAUCUGCAUCUCCAGUGGAGAAAAAUAACCACAAUACAAAUAGUACCCAAAAAAAGUGGGCACUGUAUUCUUCUUUUCUAUGAUAUCCUACAAACACGUGUCUGCCAAAUUUAACCGCAUCUGUUGCUAUCCCAUCUACGAAGAUUUGUGGUUACAUGUUCUUGUAUGCAAUUUUUCUGUCGAGACUGCAGCGUCCGCAGCUACUCAGAAUAUUUGACUGCAACCAUUACGCGGUGUUUCUUCACAUACCCAAGACAAGGUUUACAGACCUGGGCACGAUCAUAUUUUGUCUGCCAUUUUUGAUCUGUAACUAUUGUUUUAAACAAUUAUUCAGUAUAUGUUGUUUCAAGGACAAAAGAUUCACUUUAGCAGAAGAAUCAGUGCAUAAUGUUACUAUGUUGUGAAGAAAAAUCAGUUUAAAAUGUUG